CGUCAUCACUAAGCGCCCACGAGAACAUAUCUACGCAAAAUGUAAGAGCCUGACUGACUAAACGCCCGACUUCUCUCCUUUUGAAUUUCCCUGCAGCCGGAUUAUAGCAACUGGCUGCGGGGCUUCGGUGUUGUGGGGCUGCCUAUGAUCAGCGCCAUGGCUGGGUCGUCACACCACGUAACGCUGGGACCGCUGGUGGCUGCCAUCGACCAGGGCACCAGCUCCACACGGUUCUUGGUGUUCAAUUCCAAAACGGCUGAACUCCUCAGCCAUCACCAGGUGGAAAUAAAACAAAGCUUCCCCAAAGAAGGAUGGGUAGAGGAGGACCCCAAAGAAAUCUUGCAGUCUGUGUACGAGUGCAUGGAGCGCACAUGUGAAAAACUCACACAACUCAAUAUAGACAUUGCUAAUAUUAAAGCGAUUGGAGUUACCAACCAAAGGGAAACCACACUUGUUUGGGACAAAGAAACUGGGGAGCCGCUGUACAACGCAAUAGUUUGGCUUGACCUCCGAACUCAAUCUACAGUUGAGAGUCUGAUCAACAAAACACCAGGGAGGAAUAAAAACCACCUGAAGCAUAAAACAGGUCUCCCCAUCAGCACUUACUUCAGUGCGGUGAAACUUCGCUGGUUGAUGGACAAUGUCGACGAAGUUCAAAAAGCUGUACUUUCUCACUGUGCCAUGUUUGGCACCGUGGACUCUUGGCUCAUUUGGUGUUUAACCGGAGGAAAGUCUGGAGGGGUUCACUGCACAGAUGUGACUAAUGCCAGUCGGACCAUGUUGUUCAACAUUCACACCAUGGACUGGGACCCGGAGCUCUGCAAAUACUUUGGUAUUCCAAUGGAGAUUUUGCCUCGAGUGAGAAGCUCUUCUGAAAUCUACGGCCUCAUGAAAAUAAGUUCGAGCUGGAAAUCAGGAGCACUUUCUGGUAUCCCCAUUUCAGGGUGUCUUGGGGAUCAGUCGGCAGCGUUGGUUGGACAGAUGUGCUUUCAGGACGGGCAAGCUAAAAACACCUAUGGAACAGGCUGCUUUUUGCUGCGCAACACCGGACCCAAGCCAGUCAUGUCUGAUCAUGGACUUCUCACCACUGUGGCCUACAAACUGGGUCGAGACAAACCCGCCUGCUACGCAUUAGAGGGUUCUGUGGCUAUCGCCGGAGCUGUGGUCCGUUGGCUGCAGGACAAUCUUGGCAUCAUCGGAUCUUCCGAGGAGCUUGAGAAGUUGGCUGCAUCAGUUGGGACAUCCUAUGGUUGUUAUUUUGUUCCUGCCUUUUCGGGGCUUUAUGCGCCUUACUGGGAGCCCAGUGCGAGAGGGGUUAUUUGCGGGUUGACACAGUUUACCAACAAGAGUCAUCUUGCAUUCGCUGCAUUGGAAGCAGUCUGCUUCCAGACACGAGAGAUUUUGGACGCCAUGAAUCAAGACAGCGGCAUCCCGCUCACUCAGCUGCAGGUGGACGGAGGGAUGACAUCCAACAGGUUGCUGAUGCAGCUGCAGGCAGACAUACUCUGCAUCCCUGUUGUGAAACCAUCUAUGCCAGAGACCACUGCUCUGGGCGCAGCGAUGGCGGCUGGUGCAGCGGAGGGGGUGAGCGUGUGGAGCCUGAACCCGGACGACUUGAGUGAAGUGACGUCGGAGAAGUUUGAGCCUCAGAUCAACCCUGAAGAGAGUGAGUUCCGGUAUGCCCGCUGGAAGAAAGCCGUUCAGAAGUCCAUGAACUGGGAGACCACAGAGCUGCCGUCUAAUGGGAAUGGUGAAAGCAGCAUCUUCUGCAGUGUCCCCCUGGGCUUCUACAUCAUGGGCAGCAUGCUAAUGCUGAUCGGAGCCAAUUACAUUGCAGGACACAGUUAAUUGUCCUGGCGGCCAGCAAGGAGAAAGACCCACCAUUGGAUACAGUAUGUCUUGCUUUCCCCAAAAUGUCACUCCACAAAGAGGAAAGACUGUUUGAACUGACACUUAAUGGGACCUUCCCCCUAUGGAAUUUCUCUUGUUAUGCAUGAACUAUAGUAGGAGUAUGCAUGCAGUGUCUGUUUUUCUUACUGUUUUAUGAGCUUAUUUGGCAGGUCGUUGUGAUCCUUAAGUCAUAUUUUGUACAAAAUGAAUUGUACUGCUGCUUCAUUGUUCCCAAAACCCUUCCACAACACUCUGAGUACCGUACUUUUAGAGCACUUUAUAUGGUAUUUUAAUUUGAGGGCACUAAGCUAAUGUAUGUAUUUUUUCCUAUUCAAAAAAAUCUAAAUAUGUAUUUCUGUGGAAUCUACACAUACUGAUACUCGUCAAAAAUUUGAAUAUCAUGACAAAGUUUCCAUUUCCGUAAUACCAUUCAAAAAGUGAAACUUGUGUAAUGCAUUCCACUCGAAUGGAUACAUUUCAAGUGUUCAUUCUUUUUCAUUAAGAUGACUGUGUGAAAACUAAACUAAAAAAACUUGAAAACCCCAAUUCACGAUCUCAAAAAAUUAGAAUAUUGUCAAAACUGUAUGCGAGACAUUGGUUUCAUCUGUCGCAUUUCUUGUGUCAAGCCACUCUUGAACAACAAACAGCGUCAGAAGCGUCUCGCCUGGGCUCAAGGCAAAAAGGACUGGAUUGCUGCUGAAUGGACCAAAGUUCUCUGAUGAAAGCAGAUGUUGCGUUUCCUUUGGAAACCAGGGUCGCAGAUUCUGGAGGAAGCGAGGGCAUUCGCAGUAUCCGCGUUGCUUGAGAUCCAGUGUCAAAUUCCCCCAGUCAAUCAUAGUGUGGGGUGCCACGUGUUUCCUGAAUUUCCAAGGUCAACGCAGCCGUCUACCUGGAAAUUUGAGAGCACUUCAUGGUUGCUGCUGCUGACCAGUUUUAUGGAGAUGCAGAUUUCAUUUUCCAACAGGAUUUGACGCCUGGACACUUUGCCAAAGCUGGUGUAAGGACCAUGCUAUUCCUGUUCUUGAGUGGCCAGCCAACUCGCCUGACCUUAACCCCAUAGAUUUUCUCUGGGGUAUUGUGACGAGGAGGCCACGAUACGCCAAACCCAGCAAUGCGGAAGAGCUGAAGGACACCAUCUGUGCAACCUCGGGCUCUCAUAACACCUGAGCAGUGCCACGCACCCAUCGACUCCAUGCCACGUUGCUUUGCUGCAGUAAUUCCGACAAAAGAGCCCCAACUAAGUAUUGAGUGCUGUAAAUGUACACAUGUUUCAUGGUCAUACUUUUCGGUUGGCCAACAUUUCUAAAACUCAUUUCUUUGUAUAGUCUUAUGUAUUAUUCUAACUUUCUGAGAUAGUGAAUUGUUUUUAAAUUUUCAUAUAAUCAUUUAAAUUAAAACAAAUUCAAACUUGAAAUGUAUCACUCUGUGUGGAAUGAAUGUAUGCAGUUUCACUUAUACAUUAUACAUUCACGUAUUACUGAAAUAAAUCCACUUUUUCCAUGAUAUACAACUUUUUUUGACGAGUACCCCUGUCCACAUUGGCUUUAGUGAUGGUAAUGGGCAUGGGCCCAGGUGAAUUCCUUUGUUAACUAUCAAUCCUGUUGCUCCACUAAAUCAUGUUGCUCCCAAAGUGUGAAACAUAAAGCACUUAGUCGUAUGAAUUUAGGUCAAUAUUUAUUGUGUGUGUUCCUGAAAGCAAAGGUAAACAUUGUCGACGGGCCCCAAAAUGGUCACAUUUCAGAUGGAAACAACAUGUUAGGUGUCCAGAAUACAGGUCUGUCCUCACUAUGAUCAUAAACUAUAAAUACUUGAAA